AUGCGGGCCUCAACCACCACGGCCACGGUGCCGCCCCGCGAGCCCGCCAAACGCAGCUUCACUGUAACGGCGGAGAAGCUGAAGGCGCAAACUGCUCAUGACCACGAGGACUUCUUCUGGACAUACACCGAAGAGCCACAUAGGACGCGUCGUAUGGCCAUCAUCAAGGCACAUCCAGAGGUCACCAAGCUCUGCGGCCCCGAGCCCCUCACCAAAUACGUUGUCCUUCUUGUCGUGUCGAUCCAGAUCGCCUGCGCCUGCCUCCUCCGCAACACACCGGUGCUGUCCUGGCCGUUCUUCCUGACAGCAUACAUUGUCGGCGCCACAGCGAACCAGAACCUUUUCCUUGCCAUCCACGAGAUCUCGCACAACUUGGCCUUCCGCUCGCCGCUAGCCAACCGCAUCAUCGCUGUCUUUGCAAACCUGCCCAUUGGCAUCCCUUACAGCGCCUCGUUUCGCCCUUACCAUCUUACCCACCACAAGUCGCUUGGUGUAAACGGUCUCGACACCGAUCUGCCCACCGCCUUCGAGGCAUGGUUCCUUGACUCGGUUGCCGGCAAGGCCUUCUUCUGCACUUGUCAGAUCUUGUUCUACGCCCUGCGACCCAUGUUCAUCUACAACCUGCCGCUUACCAGGAUCCACCUCUUCAACAUCGUCGUCCAGCUCGCCUUCGACUACGCACUCGUACAGUUCGCAGGAGGAAAGGCAUUGGCGUACCUGAUCAUGAGUAGCUUCCUUGCUGGCUCGUUGCACCCCUGCGCCGGCCACUUCAUCGCCGAACACUACGUCUUCGAGAAGCCCGAGAAGGACGCGUCAAACCCUGCGAAUAAGAUCCCCAUCCCGGAGACAUACUCGUACUACGGCAUCCUCAACUUUUUCACAUACAAUGUCGGUCUGCAUAACGAGCACCACGACUUCCCCGCGAUCCCAUGGACAAGGCUUCCCAAGUUGAACCGCAUUGCGCACGAGUUCUACGACGAGUUGCCGGUACACAAGAGUUGGGUCUAUGUUAUGUGGCAGUUUGUGAUGGACAAGGACAUCAGUCUGUGGUGCAGAGUGAAGCGCGAGGAGGGUGGUCGCAAGGUUGGUGCUGGCAGCGGCUGGAGCGAAGAAGAGCUCGGUAACAACGAGAAGAAGGGUCGCAUCCCUGGUGUCUUCUGA